UCUUCGCUCAGACAUUGUUUCCCGGGUGGGGCGGUGAGACAGAGACAGGGGCUGUCCCUAUUCUCAGAAUCAGAGAAUUCUGUUUGGGCUGGAGAUUCCACAGAACAAGCUAAACGGUCUUAAAAUCUAGAGUUGGCCCAACCUGCAGAUGUUUCCUAUGCACUGGUACCUGUUACCUGUGUUCACCCCCUACAGCACAACACUGACUAAAACAAGGAAGCUUCGGUGACGUAAACAGUGCACAGACUGGGCAUUAAACAGCCAGAUCAUGCAACUAGGGGAUAGAGCAGGCAUCGCUACAGCUAUGGCCAAUACACUCUGCCAAAAAUGUGUUCUAUUUGCACUUUUAUUCUCUCCCACAGCACUUUGCCAGGGGCAGAACGAAGUCCUUGGGAGAAGUCUCCACUUUUCUAAAGUCGGUUCCAACAAUGAGUUGAAUGAAACAGCAAAGCGUCACCUGACCAGUUCUGUUACCACGGUGAUGAUUCCUGUCACUUACAGCAUCAUCUUGAUCAUUGGGCUUCCAGCCAAUGCGUUGGCUCUUUUAAUCUUGGCCACUAAGGUCCAGAGAUUGUCAUCCACCAUCUUCCUGAUCAACUUGGCGACUGCCGACCUUCUCCUGAUCCUGGUGCUGCCGUUCAAGAUCUCCUACCACCUCCUGGGCAAUGACUGGCUCUUUGGUGAGGGACUCUGUCGGACAAUGACCGCCUUCUUCUACGGGAACAUGUACUGCUCCAUCCUGCUGCUCACCUUCAUCAGCAUCGACAGAUACUUCGCUUUGGUCCAUCCGUUUCUCUCCAAGCGUUUCAGGGACAAUCGGUUUGCUGUUUGUUCCUGCUCAGUGAUUUGGGUGCUUGUUGUAAUCUCCAUGUUACCCUUUCUCCUCCAGAGGCAGAGCUACCCAAUCCAGGAGCUCAGCAUCACCACCUGCCAUGAUGUUUUGCCGACAGAACUAGAUGAUGAUUAUUUCUUUUAUUACUUUGUUUGUUUGGUUGUGUUUGGGUUUCUCAUUCCAUGUUUUGUUACUAUAUUCUGCUAUGUGGCUAUAAUCCGAGCUUUAAUGGUUAGUGAACAGCAAUUUGGGAAAGCUAUUAGGACCAUGAUGUUAGUGCUGAUAGUGUACUUGGUAUGUUUCACUCCCAGUAACAUUAUCCUGCUUAUCCAUCACUCAGAGUAUCACCUCACAGACAGCAGUAACCUGUAUUUAUUUUAUAUGAUUUUCCUGGUGCUCAGCACCUUCAAUAACUGCAUUGACCCAUUCAUCUACUAUUACAUCUCUGAUGAGUUUAGGGACAAGGUGAGGAUCGUGAUUCAUUGCAAAGCAGAGAAGGAUGUAGAUUCAGAAAAAAGAGCAGAGCAGUUUGCCCUGACUAGCUCCUCCUCAGGAUAUGUCUCUAAGACAUUAACACAAAAUAUUUGAAUCCAAUGCUUUGGGUCCAGGAGGAGACAAACUGCUCAAUUCAAUCCCCAUACUUUUUGAGGCAGAAGCAAUGAAGGAUGUAACUUUCUGACUGAGCCAGAGAUUCAUGGCUUUGACAAUUCACCUGAAAUAUACCGCAGGAAAUUGAACUUGUCUGAUUUCCAUGUUUGUUCAUUUUGUAAUGUGAACCUAACUUUAUUGUUAGUCAAUGUCAGAGGGUAGCAGGAGGUUACAAGAGUCUGAUCAAAUUCAGAAACCCUGGGCUGGAAUCUCACUGCAAAUAACAGGGAUUGAUUUGUAAAAAAAAUACUUUCUGUAGACUAGAAAUGAGGUUAAAAUUGAAUUGAAUACAACUUAGGUGUUGAACAGACUGGGUGAGGGGCUCCAAUGAGUGAGGUCUCAGAGAGGGGGAGGGGGAGUUAGUCAUAACGUUAUUAUAGCACAGAGAGAGGCCUUUGGCCAUUUUUGACAGUAGCAUGUAAGUGAAUUAGCUCCCUGCUUUAUACCCACCUGAACUGGACUGGCAUGGUUUGAUAAUGACAGGUUAGAGGCUGUCUACUUUGCUGUGGACCAGGGUGUGUACAUUGAUGAGCUAAACUAUUGAACUGAUUCUGUUUCUUUAAUAACCCCCUAACUGUUAUUGCACCACAUUUCUCACUGCACUCCUGAUCCAUCUUAAAUCCUUCUGGAAUUCUGUCUAUUUUAUUCAUAAUGAAAGAAUGCGAAAUGCUGAGACUUAUUUUCUAUUCUUUCAUGGGAUGUGGGUGUCACUGGCAAUGACAGCAUUUGUUGCCCAUCCCUAAUUGCCCUUGAACUGAAUGGCUUGCUAGUGUUACAACCAGGGAGGGCAAGUGUCAGUUCUUGCCCUUUCUUUGCCACUCCUCGUAUGAUUGUAACUGAGUUUUUGUAAUUUGUAAGAAUUAUGGUAUUCACUCAAUGUCUGUGCUUAACCAAAAACAGGCUGAUUGCAAAGAAACCAGCUUGACAGACUUUCUUGAGUUUAAACAAAAGGAGUUAGUUUUUAUUGAGCUAAAAAUCUACCCAGGUAAAGAUAUUUAAAAUGGUAAACCCAUCUCCCAACAUUCGCAACACACAUGCGUACUCACACGCACACACAGAUGCACACUCACACGCACACACAUGUGCACACACACAGACGCACACUCACUCAGCCACUCACUCACUCAAAUACUUGCACACACAGACACUAUCUCAUACACACACACACACACACACACAUACAAAUGCAAAAUUACAAGUUCUACAGUAGGAGGUAACUGUUUGGCCAAAUUAAAAUUCAUUGAUAAAAGGCAAAAAAAAGAGAGUUCACUGUUUGUGAGUCCUUCACUGGGAUCCAUGGCUGAGGCAGAACUUUUCCACGGUGGUCUUGAAAUUCUAGUGGAGUUGAGGCUGAUGUAAACGGCAAUUUCUGGAGACUGUCUCUUUUAAACCAUCACUUGUCUUUUCCAAAAGUCAAUGCAAUUAUACCUGAGGUUCUUUUUGAUGGAAUUUCUCUAUUUCUGUAGUUGCUGCCAAAUAUGAUUCAAAGAUAGGGCCUUGAACUUUAGGGAGAAGGGAGAGAGAAGGUGUUAAUGCUCCAUUGCCAGACUUCUUCCAGGCUCAGCUUACAUGUUGUACUAAAAAACAUUGCAAAAUGGUCAUUCAGGUUACAUGACAUCUCUUCCUGUAGUGAUUUCAAAAGGUAAUUGAUUAGUUCAUAUCUGGACACACCUUGGUUAUUGUUAUGGCCUAGGUGAUUAAUUUCUUUAAUGUCCCAGCCAUUAACUUAUGAAUAAUCCACCCUCCAUCUUGAUGAGAUAGAAAGGAAGCCUUCCAUAUAGCAACUGUCCCUGUAGACUUUCUGUUUCUGCUUGAAAGGUAGCUUUAUAGAAAUGCAAAUCAAGGUCCAGUGCAGGUUCAGCAAAUCUUGAAAUAAUUCUUGACAUCAGCAUGCGUGAAAUUCCAUAGGAGGUGGUCUUGGCAUAUCUUAAUUGUAAGCCAUAUUGGCACUUUACAGAAACUGGCCAACUUGUAAAACCAGACAUCAGGUGACCCAUGGCAGCCAUCUUAAGUCAGUGUCUAUGCUUGCUUUUUAAAAAUCUUUUAAAAGCAGUUCAAUAUAUAUUUGACAAGGUAAAGAUCAAUAUCACACAUGCAUAUGUCACAUCAUCAUGACAUUAGGCCAAUUCAGAGGGCAGUUAAGAGUCAACCCAUUGCUGUAGGUCUGGAGUCACAUGUAGGCCAGACUGGGUAAGGAUCACAGAUUUCCUCCCUUAAAGGACAUUAAUGAACCAGAUGGGUUUUUGCAACAAUUAAUGCUAGUUGUCAUGGUCACCAUUACUGAGACUAGCUUUCAAUUCCUGAUUUUAUUCAUUGAAUUUAAAUUCCACCACCUACUGUGGGAUUUGAACUCGUAUGAAAAUUGAAUGAGUUUCAUUCAGUUGUGUGUGACUUAUGUUUAACUAUCCGUCUUCAGUUUGGGUGGCACAAUUCUUUCAGUGGAGAUAUACCAUCGCUGGCGAGGGAAAUAGUAUGGAGAGGUGGUUAUACUUGUCAGUUACAGGGCACAGGGACACUUGAAUCCAUAACCAAACCCAAAUGACUUACAUUUAGAACAGAAACUGCUGUGCUGUUCCACACACACCAUUACUGUUGGGCAUCUGUCUAAGUGCAAUAACUAAUGAUGCCAGGAAACUCCUUGGAGCUGCCCUCACUCUCCACUGUAAAUUUAACACAAACUACCUUUGGGUCUGUUAACCAGGAUUUCACCAAACCUCUGGAACAGUGUGACACUGCAAUGAAAUUCCUGGCCUGCCUGUCUAACGUUUUUGUUUAAGUACCUUAACAGUCUCUUGUCCACCCACUGUUUCCGGGAGUCCACUCCUUGUCUAGAUAUCUGAUAGGUUUGUAGUAGAGCUCAGAAGUAAAUUCAGCAGCAUUUUCACUUUGCUCCAGCUAUUGCUCCUAGCAGGUGGUCUCCUUCUACUUUAGAGUAAAGCAGAGUAACCCCACUUGAAGCUUUAAUUAUCAAACCAGUUUAUUAAACAGGAAAAGGAUAAGGGUUCCAGAAGUCCCCUGUUGCUAUGUUGUUGUUAGAAUGGUGGAGAGGGAAUAUUAAAUACUCAUUAUGUCCCAGAUUGUGAAGACCAGUUUAUUUAUAUAACCAGAGUAUCAAAAGCUUCCAGUAUCAUGGAGGGCCACAACUUAGAAUAGCAUCUUAUCUGGCAUUGCAUAAGGAAAGGUCAAUUAUUGAUAAGAGAAAAUUCAAUGAAAUACUCCUAUGGAGCUGCAUAUUAACUUUGAUAUAAUUAACAGGUGGAGGGAGGAAAACAUUGACCGAUAUUGAUGAAUAUUUGGAUUCAUAACAGCUUAAAAUAUUGAGCUGAGAAUUCUAAUGAUUCAGUAACCAACCAGUCAUCAUGAUGUGUAAGCAGCAAGUGUAUGUUAAGUGUAUGAAGUAUAUGUAUCAAGUGUAUGUUAAAUGUUAUUGCAUGUAUUGCCAUCUUAAUAAAUCACUGUCACCUAA